ACAUCCAGCAGCGUGCUUUAGGUGCCGGGAGUGUUGAUGGUCACACUUGGAGCGGAAAAGUCGCGUAGGAAAGCUGAAGGUCGAUUCGCGUGUUCUACCUUUGAACGAUUGCGAAUGGGCAAUAAAAUUGCGGCUUUUAUCGAGGUGAGGUUUGGUUGCAUGACCUCAUAACACCACAUAUCUGGACCGUGCGCGCUCUAUCGUUAGUCGUGACCUCUCGUCCGCCCGUUCCCGUGUCGCCGUGAGCGGCCCAAAUCAGGAGCGGCGGGCCGUCCGUCGGCGCCGGCGCUCUCGUCACGCUGGCCCCGUCAUCGAUCGCGACGGGCGCCGACGGCUGGCCGCCGUCACCGACGCGCCACAGGCUCCGGGGCUGCCGCGGUGUGCCAGCAGCGCGCGGGCGACGGCGGCGAGACGCUCGGGGCGGCGGUGAGACGUGACGGUCGGGCGUUGCUGGAGUGACGUGACGUUCAGGUGUCUAGGUGACGUUGUGACGUGACGUUCACAAUCGUCGAGGUGACGUUCGGGCCCGACGCGACGUUCGGUGGCCAGUGAGGCAGUGGGGAGACAAAAGCGGAGAGUGGAGGACGGUCUGCCGCGUUCAGCCGCCGCUCGGGCACGGCGGUGUGAGGCCCCGCCGGUGAGUGCAGCGACUGGUGCAGCGGCACGUUACACCGGCGACAUAGAGGCCAGUGGUGAAACGAUUGAUACGUGAUCGACAGAUACACACGCCCAGCCACGACGUCCCCGGUUCGCACGCCGUCCACGCUGCCCGGACCUGCUGAAACGGCAGCCAUGGAUCUGGACAGGAACGCCGUGCUCGAGAUGUACGUCCAGUACUUACCAGAGAGCAGCGAAAUCAACUACUGGAUGUUCGCCAUGAUUGCACUGGGGAUGGCCUUCAUCGCCUUCGUCGUCGCCUCCAUCUACCUCAUUUGCUCGGACGAAAAGUCGCGCACGCUGCGCCAGGUGGCGCGCACGGCUACCGUCACAUCUCGCGUAAACGUGCCGCUGGAGAACGGCGCACGCUGGCCGGCCAGUCGGUCACCAAACGACGACAGUGCUGAGGAGACUCAGCUGAGCGGCAGCGCCGGGCCGCCGCUCACCUGAGCAGCCGAACUGAGCGGGACGGAACUGAGCGGCAGCGGAACUGAGCAGCGGAACUGAGAGCCGAGUCACAGCGCCAGCGCCGGGUCGCUGACCUGAGCAUGAGGCCGAACCUGCUGCUGACUUCAACAUGAGACUGCUACUGACCUGCACGCCGGGCCAGACCUGAGAACUGCGCCUGGCCGGGACUGGACUGAGCAUGGGACCGCUGCUGGCCUGAGCACCGCGCUGCAGCAGGCCGAGUGUCGUACCGGGCCGGCGCAGACAGUGUGCGCUUCUGAUCACUGUAACUGGAGGGCGAUCGUGCGGUACGCGGUGGUAAUGCACCUGUGACUCUCGUGGAAGCACGAGGAUGGGCCAAGGCGCGGACAAUGGCUAGCCACCUGGGGAUUGGUGGGGGCAGAUUGGAGGACUCCUAUCUUCAUUAGCAGCGACACAAUGAUUGUUACUUCUGAAGUAGUAGGAAAGCGGAAGACGAACUCCUUUCACCUUCUUGGUUUGCUGCUGUCGAGUAGCGCCUCUUUCCUCAAGACUUGUUUCUUGACUCGCCGUAUUUACAUAAGUCGAUGAUUGGGUAGGGGAUUUAGUUACAUUGCAUUUUUAGGGACGAUAUUGCCGAUGUAUUUUGUCUACGUUUGUGGUAGAUAUGACCGUUACAUUUUCCUCUAGUUCCUGUGACGGGGACCCCAACUGAACCGCUCUGGAUUUGCCGCUGCAGUAUGCGUAGCUCUCAACAUAGGUAUAUGUCGCGCGCAUCCAUCCAACCAUAGCCGGACAGUGUCUGUUGGCGAUCCAUACCCACAGCACAGGGUCUCUGGGCGGUCUCGGUAGGUAAAUAUGUUCCGUACGCCGGUCGGCGGAGGGCGACGGGUACAUUGUGAAAUGACGUCACAGUACGUGACGUGGACAGCGUUAAGUGACGUCACAGUAAGUGACGUGGCCGUGGUGUGAUCGACUCCUGAAUAUCGAUGACAUUGCUGUUGAUUGCCUGGGCCCUCGUUCACGGCAGCACGCUGCCAACACAUUUCGCGAGCUGACGUAACAAAUUGUGGUAAUGUUGGAGAUACGAGUUUGUUGAUGCCUCCAUGGAAACCAAAUUUGACACGUGUGCUGGCAGCGCGCUUGCAGCGGCCGUGAAACAGGUCCCAGACAUCAGUGGAGUGACGUGUACAACUGGUGACAUCAGAUGACGCAUGGUGAGUCGUCAGGGCUAUGACAUGCAUUCAUGCCGCUUGGACAAACUGCUAUGAUGCCAUUAACGUUCAAAAUGAGCUGCUACGGUUUUCGGACGCCUUGUUCAGUGUCAGACUUAGCCGUGACAAUUCGCUGAGCGUGUGCUUACGUGCGAAUGUUAAAAUGCGUGUGAAAUUUAAAUAAAA